AUGUGGAGGGCAGACCUUAUUGGAAGCAUGCUGCAACUUUUAAUCACCAGUUCCAUCCUUGUCUCCAAUAUGGUAUGUGUGGAGCUUCUGGGAAGCCUCUGUAUGACAGUCUUAUUAAUGGUGCUGAGCAGGCCCACAGCCUGGGGCAGGGACAUUCCAGAGAAUUACCUACAUCAGGUGAGGUCUGAGUGUCACAUGACCAAUGGAACCCAACGGGUCCGCUUUGUGGGAAGACUCAUCUAUGACCGGAAGGAGUUUGUGCACUUUGACAGUGACGUGGGACUAUUUGAGGCAAAAAUGGAGUUGUGGAGAUCCCAAGUCCAGAAAUGGAACAGUCAGAAGGAAAUAGUCAAGACUGCAAGGUCCAUAGUGAAUGUGUGCAGACACAAUUACCUUUUAUAUGAUAAACUCAUAGUGCAAAGGAAAGUUCAGCCCCGAGUGAAGGUUUUCCCCUCAAAGAUACAACCACUUGGGCACCACAACCUGCUCCUCUGUUCCGUGACCAGUUUCUAUCCUGGUGAGAUCAAGGUCAGCUGGUUCAGGAAUGCAAAAGAAGAAAAGUCUGGAGUCCUGUCCACAGGCCAAAUCCAGAAUGGUGACUGGACCUUCCAGACCCUUGUGAUGCUAGAAGUGACCCCCCAAAGAGGAGAUGUCUUUACUUGCCAUGUGGACCAUGUCAGCUUGCAGAGCCCUAUCACCGUAGACUGGAGAGCACAGUCUGAAUCUGCCCGGACUAAGAUGCUGACUGGAAUUGGGGGCUUGGUGCUUGGACUGAUCUUACUUGGAGUGGGACUUGUCAUCCACCUUAGAAGUUUGAAAGAGAAACUGCAUAUGGAGCUUGCUAAAUUAAAAGUCAUUUGUCCCACCCAUCCCAUUGUGGCCAGGCUUGGGGAAGAUGUCACCUUAUCUUGUCAUCUUUCCCCUGAGACGAAUGCAGAGGACUUGAAAGUGAAAUGGUUCCAGGCCCAGCUGUCUCCUGUGCUCAUGGAUCAGGAUAUGGUUGAUGAGACCAGAAAAGCAACAGAGAAGAACAAAAAGACAUUAUUAGUGACACAUGCAAUCGACAAAGUGAGAGGGAUCCUGAAAAUAUUCAAUGUUGAUACAUCAGAUGAUGGGCAAUAUUGGUGUCGUUUUGAACAAAAUGGCAUCCAUCAGGAAGCCAGUUUGGAGCUAAAAGUAGCAGGUUUGGGCUCAACCCCUCAGAUCUCCCUGAAGAGAAAUGAAGAUGGAAGAGUUCAACUGGUGUGCACUUCAGAAGGAUGGUUCCCACAGCCCCUGGUGUGGUGCAGAGAGGUUGGGGGAAAGAAUUUGUCUGCCCUCUCUGAGGUCCAGAUACAGAGCACAAAUGGUCUAUUCCAUGUGGAGGCAUCUGUGGUGGUCAGAAAUUACCUCCUGGAGAAUGUGAUCUGUUCCAUCUAUAACCCUUUGCUUGGCCAGGAAGUAUCUGCUUUCUACAUUCCAGAGCCACCACCACUGGGGAUGACCUCUUCCUGGAAGAUCCUGCUCACCCUGGGGCUCUUCCUAUUAAUUGCAACUAUGGCUCUUACAUGGAACAAGUAUUAUAGAAAAGAUUCAACCCUAUGCUUGGGCCUCUUAAGAGCUUUUUGGAUCCUGAUUCUGUCUUCCAAUGUGUUAGCUGUGCCUACCAGCUUUAUGUCAUCUGCAAAUUUGAUGAGGAUGCCAUCUCAACAUUCGCUGAAGUCAUUGAUAAAAAUAUUAAAGAGCACAGGGUCAGCGACAGAUGCCUAAGGUAGUCUACCACAUUCAUGCUGAGCCAUUAAGAACUACUCCUUGAGUCCAGUCAUCCAACAAUUUCUGAGACCAUCUGAUUCUAUUACUGUCUAAUUCAUAUCUUUCUCUGUUUUUGUCAUAUGAUACUUUAUCAAAAACUUUGCUAAAAUCUAGGUAAACUACAUUCACAACAUUCCCCUCCUCUUUUAGUUUAGUAAUCCUGUCAAACAAUGAAAAGUGGUUAGUCUGGCAUGAAUUGUUUAUGAUGAAGCAAUGCUGCUUCUUUGUAAUCACUGCUUCCCUUUCUACACAUCCAAUAAUCAUCCCUUUAAUCAUUCUUUCUAGAAUUUCCCAAGAAUCAAAGUCAAGCUCAUGGGCUUCUAGUUUGCAGGCUCUAUGCACUUUCUUUCUCUAUUUCUUUAUUCUUCUUUUUGAAAACUUAUAUAUUUGCCUUUCUCUCAUCUUUGGAUACCUUCCUUGCAAGAUCACUGGCAAUGGCUCAGUAAUCACAUUUGCCAGUCUUCUUGGGACCUGAACGUGUGAUUCAUUGGGGCUGCUCUUACUCUCUCUGCUCACUUAUUUUUGGUAUCAAUCCUCUGUUUAGUAAUUUUAGUUCCAUCAUUUUCAUUAUAAAGGUUACUUUCCCUUGCAGAGAAAGCAGACACAAAAUUAGAGUUAAGCAGCUCUACCUUCUGUUUGUUGUCACUUAUCAUUGACCUUUUGACCUCAAAGAAAGGCCCUCCCUUCUUCAAUCCUUUUAUUAUUCCAAUUUAUUUUUUAAAAUAAUCAACCCUUCUGUUGUCUUUAGCUGCCCCACCAGCCUCAGCUCAUACUGAAGUUUAGCAUUCCUGACACUGUUUUUAUAGGACUUUGUCUCACUGUUAUACUCAUCUUCUGUUACCUGGACUUGUACAUUUCUUUUCAAAAUCUAAGUUGAUUGAUAAAUUCCCUGUGCAUCUACAUAGUUCUCUUCAGAAAAAUACCAUUCUUUUCCUCAUUGAAUUUGUUUCUCUUUGUGUCUUCAAAUUUUCAUUCUUGAGCAUUUUUCAUCCCUCCUAGACUGACUUCCUCAGAAGCAUGUUAGUCCUAAGUUAGAUCCUAUCUAGAUUUUCCCUGAACCCACUGAAAUCUGUUUCCCAAAAUCUAGGGCACAUGUCAGAUAAUACAGUUUUCCUUUUGCUGUAUCACAAAUUCUAGGAUGGACUGGUUAACGCCCCCUCAAGUGUCCCACCAUCUCCCCUCUAGUAACCAGUUUUUCCUCCCAGGGAGUGAGAAUGAGAAGAAAUCAAAUACAAACUUUUCUACUUCCUUUAGGAGGAAGCAAACCUGGCCU